AUGGCUGCAGGUGGAGCUUAUUUUCUUGUUGUUGUUGUUUUCUCCAUGUUGAUCAUGUCUUCCCUGGGGAAUCACAUACCUUUAUGCAGCGACUGCGAGACGCUAUGCCGUACUAACUGCACCGCGGAGGCUGAAACCUACUGCAGCAAUUACUGCAAAGAUUGCCAAGGUUGCACGCGCGGCUACUUCGACGAGUACUGCUAUCCCAAAUGUGUCAACAACUGCAACAACAGCUGCGAGAAGGAAGGCUCUUCCCUGGUGCAUCCGAGCCCUCCACCGAGACCUUUUUGCAGCGACUGCGAGCCACAAUGCCGUACCAACUGCAAUGCAUUGGUUGAAAGCCGCUGCCGUGCUACAUGCAACGACAAGCUCAGCAGUCAUGAGGACUGCUGGCGUGCGGUCUUCCAGGGGUGCACCGCAGACGGUAGCUGCUGCAGUAGCAACGACACAUGCACUUGUGACUGCAACACCGUAGCUCAAGACCGUUGCAUUGGGGUCAGCGACAACGACAACUACACAGAUUGCGAAGCUUGCAAGCGUGACCAGUUCGACCAGUGCUAUUCCACCUGUAAGAACGACUGCAACAACAGCUGCAAGAAGAAAGGGUGCCGCCAUGCCUAG